GUAUGGGGCGGGAGUUUGGGCGUGGGUGGGCUGAAAACGCCCAAGCCACCACCCCGGGUGGGCAUGGGUUUGGGCGUGGCCCUUGGGGCAUGGGUUUCAAGCUGGGCGUGGGGCGGUCUGGCCAAGCUGACAUGGCGGGCUUUAAUUGGACAAACCAAAAGAAGCCGUUGGGCUAGCCGUUGGCCAACGGCUAUAUAAAAAAAAAAACUAAUAAAAUUUAAUUUUUCCACUAUAAAACCUCACAAUUUCUUCCAUUUUUUUACCACAUUCAUCUUCAAUUCUCCAUCUACAAAACGAAAAAAUGCAUCCUCAUAACCGUCCUUUUGACCCGAACAACCCGUAUGCAUUCCAAGAAAAUAAUCCUAGCCCACCACCCACUCGUCCAAUGGCUCGUCCAUUUUUCAUACACUCUCCUAUGCCCGACAUGGCGGGUUAUGCAUCGUAUCUCGGGAAUCGUUUAUUUACUAACUUUCCACACACCGACGAUUCGAUACCUACCCCGUUUACACAAUCGCCCAUCGACCUUUCACCAACCUCCAUCGACCUUUCACAAAACGAAACCGUCCCCGAAACUCAACCACCCAACGAUGGUCCUUCCGCACCCCAACCCAUAAAAAAGAGAAGCCAUAAGAAAAAAACCGAGGCGGAUAAAGCACUUGAAACCAUCAAGCGAAAACAACUAAAAUGGACCGUUCCUGAAGAACUUGCAUUGGCGAGGGGUUGGUUUCAACAAUCUCAACAUUCAACUUUAGGAAAUUCUCAACAUCGAACCUAUUUGUGGCAAGGGGUUAGUAAAAUAUUCCAUGAAGAAUUGGGAAAAGAGGUUUAUCGUGAAAACGAUAGCUUAUCCUCGAAUGGUAGCGAAAGCAACACGUCUUCCAAAAGGUCGAGGGUCUCGUCCCAAUCUGAUGCACGAGAUCAAGAGAUUAAGGACCUUUUUGAUGAUUCGCCAAGCCCAAACCGGCCUGAGUAUGGAAGAGAUGCCACAAAAAGGCGUGCUCAAAAAUCAAGAUCUGCUACGGCAUCACCUUCAGCUGGGAGUUCGCUCUUGCAUAGAGGAAUAUACAGCGACCAGUUGGAUGCCAUUUCAUCCAAGAUGGAUACAUUCAACGUCUUCCAACAACAAAGGAUCGAAAUUCGGAAGAGCAAAGAAGCUAGAGAUGCCGCUAGAGAAGCCGAGAGACAAAGACGGGAGGAUUUGAAAAUUCUAUCCCAGCCGAUUGAUCACCUAAAGGGUGACGAGUUGGAAAUAUCUGAUAAGCUUGGUAUUAACAGGUACUUGUAUCGAAAAUACUGGUUCGUUAUCGGUACAUUAAGGUAA